AUGAAUCGUCAAGAGUUGGCCAGUCUCUUGUCUCAGACACAGUCAAUGAUGGCUCCCUCCCGAGCUCCGACACCCUCGUAUCACCGAUCCUCCCCCCUGUCACCGCGGCAGAGGUUCCAAUCACAGAUCCGGACUUUACAUGACAGCCCCCGAACACCUCCUCGAAACUCGGUAACGACGCCUCAGACAUCGCCUCGAUUACAACACGUCUCGAGUCUACGGGUCCAGCGUGGCAGCAGUUCGCCCCCAGCAUGGACAGUUGGCGAGUCUGCUCUUGACACAUUCAAUCAUGGGCCACAAUUCAUCACGGAGGAGCGUGAAGUCUGGGGUAGGCCGUCACCACUCAGAACGAACAAGGCUUUUGUCGAGGGCAUAUCCCUGGUGGCACAUUCUGUAGACAGUAGUCCGGUCGACCCUCACAAACUGCGUCCAUUCGCGCCGUCUUCACGGUCGCUCGAUGUCAAUGACAGACCGAAGACCAGGCGAGGUCCUAAUACAGGCUCGAGUUCCUUUGGCGAGAACAAUGCAGACAGACUACAGCAAGAGCAGGAACAGUCUACACGGCCUUCGAAGUUUGCUGAAGGGUCCAUGAACGAUAGAUCCGCUGGGGUUUCCUCGACUUGGAACGAUCAUGGCUCACUUGCCAGCAUUUCCGGUACUGAUGAGUCUGACAACGACACGACACCUCGCCCCUCACCACGACGCUCCUCGAUCGACGUCAAUGAGUUCAAUCCGCAGCCGGUGGCUGCUCCGACCUUUACUCAACGCCUAUUCAAGUUGGGUACUAAAGCCAAGCCAAAAGAUGUCUCCAAGGCGGUGGUGAGUAAGACUGAGCAAGAUUUACAGACUGUGAGAAAGAAGAAAGGACUUCGGAAAAGCAUGUCUUUGUGGAAUCUCCACGGUGACAAGAGGAAGGCAGCUGCGAGUCAACCCGAUCUCAACAACCCCAGCCCCGAGAAGAGCAAUGUUGAUGUGCUUAAUGAUCGCAAGAGACGAGCUGAGGAGGCAUAUUUUCAACAGUUUGGCAUGAAGCGGAGAAAGUCCAAUGUUGCGCUCGCCACUUCAGAUGACGAGUCCGCCGAGAAGCCUCCAGCUGCAACCCGAGGCCGCACCCCUUCACGGAGGAUUCCGAGUAGCGCCAAACGACGUCUGAGUUGGUCCUCAUCUACCAUUGUCACGGCCGAGUCUACGACGUUUGACGGUGUUAACGACGUCGACCUCCAGAAGCGGCCAAGUCGCCGAGAAUUGGAGAAGGAAAACCAACAGCUUCGAGCCAUGUUGAAACAAGAACGAGAAGGUGCUCGCGUGGCCACUGUAACCAUUGAGCCGAUUACGCCAUCUUCGAGAGUCCUAUCCCUAAAACUUCCAAGUUCUCACGAAGCAGAUAAGACACCUCUGCACGAGUCCUCCAACAAGAAGUCAAGCCGGGAGAAUCUGGGAGUGUCGCCGCCACCUGUCCCGCCACUACCUACGAUCGAGCGGGCGGCGCUGCAGCCUCUGAAUAACACUAGAAAUGUGCCUCGGAAGACAACAAGCCAGGAUGACCUCAAGACCAUUCCGGAAGACACUUUCGAGCGUGGUCGGCCUCGAAACGCACAGCCCAGAAAAGCAACGGCAAAGCAUAGCAGGCGGGCGUCACUCGCUAGAGGCGCGGAGCUCCCACGUGCGGUAUCCAUGAUUUUGGAACAAGACGAAGGCUCAGAGGCGGAGAAGCAGCCGACAAAGGAGAAUUUGCAUCCAAUGAAGCACAUACCCAAAUUGAUUCCAACUCCGAUUGGAAGCCCAAAGAGGGUUGCUACGGCUAAGGGAGUCAAGAUCCACGAAGAUGCUGCUGUGCAGGCCAAAGCUGUUGAACGCGAGAACUGGGAAUGGCCGGAUGAUGUAUUCUGA